UACUCGAAGUCAAGAUUCCAUAGCUUUUGGUCUGCAAGCUUCUUCUCUUCCUCGAGCGAUCUCCCAGUUGUACCCCGCCGACGAAAGACCUGGUCUUUACGCCUUUUCUUGAGCUUUUCACUCAUGGAUAUCGGCAAUAAUCACUCGUCGCUCCCAUCUCCUGGACGGCCCGGUGUUUGCCGCUACGAAGUCUUUCUCAGUUUCAGAGGAGGGGAUGUUCGGAGGAGCUUCAUUCAAUUUCUCUACGAAAGCCUCACCGCUUCAGGGAUCUAUGCCUUUAUCGAUCAUGAUGGGAUCGAGAUCGGAGAAGAGAUCAUGUCUAAGAUCUUACAAUUGAUCAGGCACACGGAGAUAUGCAUUCCCGUCUUCUCCAAAGAUUUCGCUUCCAGUAAGAGUUGUCUGAAGGAGGUGGCGGAAAUGGUGGCAUGUGACAGGAAAAUCAUGCCCAUUUUCUACGAUGUCAGCCCUUCAGUAGUCCGCAAACAGGAGGAGAGUUAUCAAAAGUCCUUCUGCACCCAUGCCGCCCUGGGGGUGGUGUCAGCCACUAUUGACAACUGGAAGAAGGCUCUGCAAAUUGUUUCAAAAAAGCUAGGAUGGGAAUUGCAGAAAUUUAAUUACGGGGAGCAAGAACUUAUAAAGGAGGUUGUCUCCGCAGUCCGCUGGCAGUUGAAGAAAGAUGACUUAGACGUGCAAAAAGAUUUAGUGGGGAUGGGUCACCAUGUGCAAGAGAUGAUGAAUAAACUUGAUGUUCGCUAUGAAAAUGGCAAAGUGGUUGAAAGGCAAAUGCUGACGGGAAAACGUGUGGUUGAGAUAUGGGGCCUUCCAGGAAUCGGUAAGUCGACUCUUGCCAUAAUCGUCCGCAGCAAAAUCCAUCAUCUCUUUGAUGAAUGUAGCUUUCUUGAAGCUAAGGGAAGGGCGCUCUUGUCUCUCCAAGAAGAUUUAAUUUGUGACAUCCAAAGGAACAGACAUACCCCCAUAUCUUUGGCUAGAGGUGCCGAAUUUAUCAGGAACAAAUUUAAAGAUCAGAGGGUUCUCAUUGUCCUUGACGAUGUGAGCGAUUUUAAACAAAUCCUAUCAUUAGGCAUAUAUCUAAGUGAGUUUGGUCCAGGAAGUAGGAUUAUCAUGAUCUCUAUGAGAAGCAAUCUUGUUGACGACUAUAUUAUGAAGCUUGAGACCUCCCAAAGUAUCGUCGACGGUCAUGAUGAGAUCCUCGUUAAAAAAUACGAGCUAGAGCAAAUGAAUGACAACCAUGCUUUUCAACUGUUUUGUAAGUGUGCUCUCAGAGGACGACCUCUUCAAAAGGAAUUCUACUCUUUGGCAUGGGACAUUAGUUCGGCUGCCGAAGGGCUUCCUCUUCUUAUUGAUGCUGUUGGUUCAUCUUUAUUCGGAAAGUCCAUAGAUUUAUGGGAGGAUGCAUUGAAUAUUUUGGGGGAAAAGCCUUUUGCUAAGAAUAUCAAAAAGAUUUUGAAGACAAGAUAUAAAGCUUUAGAGGAGGAUGCCAAAAAGAUAUUUCUUGAUAUUGCAUGCUUUUUAAUGAAAGAGGACAAGACAAUACCCCCUUACAUGUGGGAAGCCUGUAAAUACAAUCCUCGUACGCAUAUUCCCCAGAUUCUUAACACAUCUUUAGUAAAAAGCACAGAAAAUAAUAAAUUUUGGAUGCAUAAUCAAGUAAAAUUCCUCGGGAUGAAUAUUGUGGAGAAGGAAAAUCCAAGGAAACCUUACAAGCGUACCAGGCUAUGGAAUCAGGAGGAUAUUGAACGAGCAAUGAAUGAAGACAAGGUCGCUACAGUGGAAGCCCUCAGUGCCACAUUCGACAGCCUCAACUCAUUUGAUGAACUUAGAUUUUUUCGUAAUUUCCCGAAUCUUAGGUAUCUUAGAAUAAGCCACGCUAUUAUUGACGGAAAUGAGCAGUUGGCAGAGAACUCCAGAGAGGAUCUUUUCCUUCCACGAUUAAAGUGGCUUGAAUGGCGAUGGUGCCAGAAUAUCUCCAGUCUACUUGCUUUAGAUCUGUCAGACUUGGUCGUUCUUGAUCUGUCUAGGUGUACCUCCACAACUUGGAAGCGCUGGAAAAAAAUUAUGGAGAAGGCCAAAAACUUGAAAGUUUUGAUCCUAAAAGAUUGUUAUUUUCUAGCUGCAUCUCCAGUUUCCCAUGCACCCGCAAACUUAGAAAGACUAAACCUGGAACAUUGUUUUACAUUAGCGGGUGUUGGCAGAUCCAUCAGCAAGCUAAGGAACUUGGUUUCUUUGAAUAUCAAGUUCUGCAGCUUCGUGCAAGAGCUGCCAGAAGAUAUAGGUUCCUUGGAAGCUUUGAAAGAGCUCUACAUCGAUGGAACUUCCAUUAAAGCCAUUGAUAUCCCCGAUGGUUCCUAUGGGAAGCUCAAAAUUCUGAGUGCUUGCAACUGUAAAUUCUUGUCUCUACCCAAUUCAAUUGGUAACUUGAAAUCUCUUUCGUACCUAGGAUUGGACGAGACUGAACUAAGGGAGCUCCCUUGUUCUAUCGGAUUGUUGGAGAGUCUCCAGACGCUAUCUCUGAGAAACUGCAGGAGCUUAUGGAAAUUGCCGGAUUCCAUUGGAGACCUUAAAAAGCUGCAAGUCAUGGAUCUUUCAAGCACAAUAGUCGACGAAAUACCUUCCUCCGUCAAGGAUUUGCAAAACUUGAAAGAACUAAAGAUGGCUGGCACUCAUAUAAGAGAAUUUCCUGGAGGCAUUAAGAAUCUAGAGAGUUUAGAAGAGAUAGAUUUCUCGGGCUGCAGAAAUUUGAGAGGGGAGUGCAACAUUACGGGAUUAUCGUCUUUGCGGGUGUUACUUCUAGAAUACACUGAUAUUUCUCGGCUGAUUGUGACGGAUCGCCAAUCCUAUAAUCCCCAAAACCUCAAACUAGAUGGCGAUGUCCCCAUCUCGAUAAUUGGAACUAUCCAAGGGUAUGGCAUCGGUUCAACAGAUGUGAGACUAGACCACCGUUCAAGGCUGACGGACAUCAUAUCAGCAUGCGAUGAUGAGUCAGAGACCGUAGCAAUGUGGCGGUCAGACAGAAGCAAGGAAGUCAUCGGUGGAUGAGGUUUGGCUACGGAGGAAGUUAGCGCUCCUAUCCCAUUAAUUCAAAUUUGUAAUUCAUCAAGCAUGUCAACUGAUCUUCGUGCAAUAAGGGUUGUUAGGGGCAUAGCCAAAUUCGAAUUUUCGCCUCCAUUUUGAAUUUUCAAUUGACAUUCUUCUUC